AUGGAUAGUCGAGCACAAGGUGAGGCCAUUGACCAGUGGUUAAACGACUACCAGGCCACCGCGGUAAUGCUUGACUGGAAACCAGCGCUUCUGCAGAGACAGUCGAUCCGCCGAGGUGUCCGCCAUAUCGACAUCUUCUUCAAGUCGUUCAAGCAAUUGCGCCAAUUGCCGCAUGUUCGAGUUAAGCCUUGUACUAACGCCACAGUCUACACAAUGACAAAUGAUACACAACCACGUGAUGAGUUGGUUUUCACAUCUAAACAGGAAGGCUGCCACAAAGAAGACGAAGAAGAAGAAGAAGAAGAAGAAGAAGAAGCAACGUGCAGUGUGUCAGAAGGACAUCACUAG